CUAGGUGCACAUCCGCUUUCAAAGAGCAGACGUGUGAAUUGGUGAAAAUGGGAAGGACAGUUUUAGCCGACGAAACUAUCCAAGACUAUGUAGAUAAACUAAUUAAGAGUGGUCCGUGGAAUUUAGGUCUGAUUAUUGGACAGUUGACUGGCCAGAAGGACUAUGCUGUGCGCUUGGUUCGUACCCCAGAGCCAGUUGAAGAUGAAGUCAGUGAGGAGGAAGAAGACAGUGAUACAACUAAGAAAAGAAGGAGAUCAGAUCACCGCCCAGAAAGUCUGUGUGAUGUCGAUGAGAAAUGGGCAGCUACCCAUGCUAAGCAGACCAUCAGAAUGCUGCCUGGUGGUAUAGAUGUUAUUGGAAUAUUUGCUCUUGCUCCACCAAAUAUGAUGCAGGCAUCACAAGUGAAAAUCCGACAGAUCUUGUUUGCCAUACACAAGACCCUUGUAAGGGGACAGAUAGUACCCGAUGAAGGAGCUAUCACUGACAGAAUUCUGCUUCAAAUUUGUUCAACCACCAGAAAAUACACUUGUAGAAGUAUAGAUGUUGGUGAUCCAAAGAGUUCAUUUAGACCUGCUGACUGGAAAAAUCAUUCAGGAGGAGACCACUGGAUUUGUCUACAAUCUGAUAUUGCUAUUGAUCUGAAGAUCCCUGUCCCUGCGCGGUCACAGAAUCUUACAUUUCUGAAACAGCUUCAGAGUGGAAUAACCCCUUACUGCAAGAGAUUAUGUGGAGGUAUAGCACUUUUCAAUGGAAAACUAAGAGAACCAACAGAAACUCUGGACCAGUCUGAACCAAAAGGUCGCAGUAAAGGUCGUGACAAGGGGCAAACAACUCAACAGAUACAAGAGAUCAAAUUUUGUAUAAAGCCAGAAGCAGAUGGGGUAUCUGAAACAAGAGUUCUUGAGAACGUAGCUAAGAUGGCUGUUUGUGGCUGCAUUCACAGCAGGGCAUAUGUGUAUGGAAAAGCAGAAGUUCGAGAUGGAAUAAAGGCACUACAGACAGAUGUGGUGAGGAGUCUGAUGGCACGAUGUGAACUUCUGUAUGAAGAUGUCAUUGAUGUAGUUGAAGAAGAAUCGGUGUUAAAGGAGCUGUAUAACACACCUGUGCGGGUAUUUGGUAAACUCCCUGGCACACAACUGGACUUCUGUGACUACAUGUUUCCAGACGAGAAGAUGGAGGAGGUAACAGACCGAAUACAGGAGUUGUUAGAUAUCAGCAUUACAGAGGAGAAACUUGACUUGACCAGCGAACGGAUGGCCACUGAGGAAGAUAUGGCAACCACGGAAGAGAUUGAUUCAAAAUCAAAUAACGAAGAUCUAAAGGGAAGUAACCUUGGCUUUAAUGUUGGUACUAUAAUUGGAGGUGUUGUGGCUGCAGCCCUAGCAGGACUGUCAUACUACAUCCUUGGAGAAACAUGAUAAAUGUGACAAAUCUUAGCACUUGUUAUUACAAAAGGUUUUAUUAAAGUACAUUAAUAUAUUUUAUUACCAUGGACUUGGAUACAUUGAAUACGCAACUUGAAGGCAAAUCAUAGCUGAUGACUAUUUAAUUUUAUAAUUACUACAUAGAAAACAAAUACAUUAUUUUUCAUAUUUUUCAUUCACAUACAUGUACCUGACAGGGGGUCCUGUGGUUGCUAGGAAUUGGAUAAAUUGUUCACAUUGGGUAGCUAAGGAAAGCCAGCUGGCACCCAAUAUGAUGCUACUCACAAUAGCAUAGUAUCGUCAUACUAUGUAACGUAACUAUGUGCGACAUUGAUGAUGGCAUCAUGAAUUGGUUUCACAACUAGCACUUUGUUGUAAUUAUUAUUAGGUCAUUUGGCCUUAAGGGCCUGUGAGCUUAUGCCAUGGCACAGCAUCUGUUGUCCACUGUCUGUCAACAUUACCUUUAAAUCACUUCUAGGCCCGAAAUGGAUUUUGAUGAAAUUUGGCCAGAAACAUUAUAAGGCAAAGGAGAUCCAUCGUUAUAUAAAUAUAGGAUGUGGCUCCCCUGGGGCUGGAGGUACAAGGUCCAAAAAUGAAAUUUGAGGUAAAUCAUUUAAACCGCUACUAGUCUUGAAUGCCUGGAUAGAUUUUGAUGAAAUUUUGUCAGGAGAAUUAUAGGGCAAAGAAGAUCAUAUAUUCUGUAAAUAGAGGGUAUGGCUCCCCUGAGGCCGGAGGGGUGGGGCCAAAUAGGGGAAAUUGAGGUUAUUACUUAAAAUUGUUACUAGUGCUGAACGACUCAGAAUGGAUGAUGAAAUUUGGUCUGGAACAUUAUUGGGCAAAGGAGACCAAAUAUAUAAAUGGAGCAUGUUGCUCCUCUGGGGCAGAAAGAAAGGGCCCCAUAGGGGAAAUAGAGGUGAGUCAUUUAUAUUUCUACAAGUCCUGAACAAUUGAAUGGAUUUUGAUGAAAUUUGGUCUGGAGAAUCAUUUGGCAAAGAAAAUAACUGAGGAUGUUGCUCUCCUUGGGCCACAGGAAGAAGGGUCAGACGGGGAAAUAUCGCAAAAAAAAAAUUAAAUUAUUCUUUGGGAAAGACAGGAUUUAAUCCAUAUUUGGUUCGUACCAAUAUUGUUGGGAGUGACAGCUCAAAUAAAUAUAAAAAUAUUUGUAACAUACAUUAUACGAGAGUAUUUUGCCAUAAUUAAUGAAAUAUCCAUGUGAGCAAUGCAGGCCCUUUGGGCGUAUUGUAUAAGUAUGUGAGAAGAAAUAAUCUUACAUGUACUAAUAUUCAACCCUCGUGUAAGAGUUUGGCAGGCCAGCACUUGGCACGCCUUUUGCUGACUAGCCAAAAUCUUACACUCAAGUUGAGAUAUCCUUGUCCAUGGAACAGACCCAUGUCAGAUUAUGUUAAUCAAUUAUCUAGAUAAAGAAACAUUGAGGAUAAUUUACUUGAAUCACUUUGUGCAAUAAAUAAAAUAAAAAGAUAUAUAUCUAUAUCUUAUUAUUGUGAUAGAACUGGCAGUACUAGUCUUGAUAAAGAAAUGUAGUUGUUGCUACCAUUAUAUAACAAGGAAUAGAUUUAUUAAUGUAAAUUACUAACUUGUGAAUUAUUUAAUGUACUAUUGUUAACGAGGAAAUUUGCGCGAGGGGGAAAUUUAUGCUAAUUCCUAAGUCCUUUAGAUCGCAAAAAUUUACCCCCUGGCAUAUUGUAUUGAUAUCAACAAAGGUGGAUCAAUCGCAAAAAUUACCCUCACGCAUAUAGUUUAUAUACCGUAUCGAAAUCGCAAAAUUAAACACACACACAUGUUUACAGCAAUACCUAUUAGAAAAAUAUAAAGUACAUUUGUCAUUAUACUUGUGAAAAUCAGUCUAUGUUCUACAUUACAAUGAAAAAUGUAUCUCUAAUAUUGUUCAUACUGUACAAGAUGCUGUGCUGGAAAGAAACAUUAACAUUAUCAUCAUAAUGAUUGACAGCAAUUUAUAUGGAAAUUUUAGCAAUAAAUUACCAAUGUUAUACCCUGGUCAAAACUUGAAUUUUGCGUUAGAAUGAUGUUGCAGUAUUAUGGCAUGGUGUUGUCUGUCCAUCCUGCCAAUGUGAAUUUUGUUUACCAGAUAUAAAUAUUCCAAACAAUCUCCUUGAAACUUGUUAGGCUUAUGAUAAGAAUGAUGACACAUGCAUAUACAUGUAGUUUUCUUCAGGGCUAUUCAAGAAAAAUAUUUACACAAUGGGUAGACUCCAGUUUUGUUACUAGUAAAUAGGAACCACCAAAAGAACUUAUGUAUAUUGAAACAGUACAAAUACAUAUAUGUACAUGUGUAGUAAAAACUGCAUUUUCUUCAGCACCCACCGAUCCUCUCACUCAGUUUUCAAUUAAUUUAAAAUUUUUGAAGACUUUUAUAUGACAUCAAAUUGUACUUUCUUAAAGGCAUUUCGUUAUAAAGACAAUUAUUGUUUCAUUUCCUAAUUUGUAUCCAUUUUGGUACAAUAAUGAGUUUAGAUUUAGCAUGGGAAAGGCAUGUUCUGCCCUGCUGUACUGUUCAAGUGUUAUAUGAUGAAGUAUUUCCCAUCUCCCUUAAUUUUUUUUGUCUACAAAUCUCCUUAUGAAGCUUUUGACUGAUCUCUGAAACUGGGCACACCAUAGUUGCAUGAUUUCCAAAGCAGUACGUGUUUUGAUUUAACAGUUCUUCAAAGAUUUAUUCCUCGUAUAUUUUCAAUCAAUCUCUUCAAAACUUGUUAGCAUUUAUAAUAAUGAAAUUUAGUUGUGCCUUCUCAUUUCAUUUUGACUUUGAUUUUAGAAAGAGGUUAACAUGUACAAUGUAUAUCCAUAUGUAAAGGAAUUCUCUCACUCAGAUUUAGACUGGCAUGAAGUUGUGCUUCCUUGAUGAUAUUUUGAUUUGACAAUUCUAAUAGUUACAUUUUCAUAUUUGUUUAUGAAUGACAUUAGACGGAUGUAUUGGUCUGUCCUAGCUAUGGUACUCUUGUCAACAUGUGACGAUGAAUGUGUCAUUCAUUUUAGGCAAAAGACAAAAAAUUCAACAGAAAAUGCAAGACAAAAUUAAUAUGUAAACUAGUACCAAUGAAGGAAGUUAAAAUGGCAAUGUACUGAAGAUUCAUAAUAUUUUAAUAAAGAAAACUGAAGAUGUGCUCCAUCUACUAUAUUAGUAAUGUGAUUAAACAUAUUUCCUAUUAUUAUGAUAUUAACAGUAUAUUUUUUUCAGAUUAUUGCUUGUAUUUUGUAUCAUGUUGAGAAAACAUUAUUCCUUUUUUCUAAGUUCGUAAAUCAUAGAGCCAACGCCGUUCUUUUCGUUGAGGUUCCGUAGGUUCCGAUAUCCUCGCUUGGAUACCUCCAGGUAUGCAGGGCGAUAGAGAAAAUGGGUAAAUAUAGAAGAGACUCCAAUCGCAACAAGCUGAGGAUGAUGUAUCUUUAUUAUUCCGUAUGUCUACCGGUUUCGUCCAUACUGAAGAAGCCCAUUGUAUGGGCGAAACCGGUAGACAUACGGAAUAAUAAAGAUAUAUCAUCCUCAGCUUGUUGCGAUUGGAGUCUCUUCUAUAUUUUUUUUAAGUUUAUUUUUUGUGUACAUCUAUAAGUGUCAACGCAGCAUGACAAAUCAGAACCUGUUUUGUACAUCAGUUAUUACCAAUGGAUUGGUUUCUAAUUUACACAUGCAUAGUUAUUUUUGGUCAUCUUUUUUAUCAUAACUUCCAGAUGUUUGCUUUAGUAAUAUUGGAUGAAUUAGCGAUACUUGUAUUUUAGAUCUGAUGGUUUGAGGUGAUCUCAUGUAAGCCUUGCCAUUUAAGACAAGUCUGUUUUGUGUUAUUUUGUGAGUUAUUGCAUUCAUUGCACAGUUAAAGUGUGUGUUAUGGGUUUAUACUAUACUGUGGUUAUUUAAUAUGGUUGUAGAAUCCAUAUAAAUCAUGGAAUAAAUAUUUAAUCUAUCUUGAAUGUGUGUAUGAAAGAAAUAUCUUAAGAAUGGGUAUAUAUUGGUAUGAAACAUGUAUGGAGUAUAUUUGUAAAUGUAUAAUAUAAGGUACUGUAUCUGUUUAACUUCUUUUAAAAUAUAUUGUUUUCAAAAAGGGAGAGUAUUGAAAUAAAGUUGCCCACCAUACCAUACUACAAAAAAUAAGCAUGCUUUGUGCAGUUUAAAGGCAACAGAACUCGUUUUCAGAUAUAUGCGUUAAUCACACUAUCGUCUCCCCCAUCAUAUAUUUUAGCCACCAAUGCACUUUAAUUUUUCACCAAUUCCCACUGAAUUAUAAAGCUUUGAAUUUUAUAUAUUCAUAAUAAUGUAUAUGUUGGGUUUAUGACUUUCUUGAAACUUUUUAAACUACAUUUUACAUAGCUUAUAUUCAUUUUUUCGAUUUCAUUUGUAUGUCCUUUGAUGGCUCAAUAUUCUACUUGUGUACUACUUGUACAAAUAUUACAAUAAGACAGACCAAACUGCUGAUUAUGCGACCUUUUUGCUUCAUAAAACCCAUCUUGGUUGUCAAAAUAUGUACAUAUAGAAUGACCAUGACAAAAAAGGUCCAGGAGUGCAAGAUAUUUUGCCCCGGGUUAAAGUUUCACUACUGGUAAGAUAUUUAAUUAUAGUGUUGUUCCAGUGGUCCAAGAUUCUCUCAAAUCAAUAAUUUCCAAUACAUAUGUAUACCCAUUAGGAGUUAAAGGACUUGAUACCAGUUCUGUUGAUCAUCCACAGACAAUGCUCCUUUUAGCAAUCAUAAUGCAAUAGGUUUAACGGUUUUCUUUUAAUUAGACAUACGUGUCUGGUAGUCAUACAAAUUCAACCAUUAAUAGAAUUUUAAUUUGCAAACUUGCAAUGGCCAGUUUUUAAUACCUGAAUGUUAUUUCAAACUAGGGGAGUAUUUCUUGACUUGUACGUUAAAAAGGAAUGGAACCUUUGCAGAUAUCAAAUUCUUCUCAUUUGUUAUGUUUAAGCAUAAACUGGAACAUUCCACAGUAGGUUAUUACUUCCUCUGAUAAAUAUACGAAUAUCUGAUUUCCGUUCCAUGGAUUACAACAGAAUGCAAUGAUUAGAUACAAUUAAGAGAUAUACACUGUACAUAUAGGUUUGUCAAAGACAAGUUAGAUUACAUGAUUUUACAGAUCUUUAAAAGAUUACUGAAUAAAACUUGUGUAUUUAUAUUAAAA